AAUUACUGAGUCAGCAUAGCUGACAAUGCAGUAAACUACAAGAAGCCAAUUAAUUAUUAACCAAUCUUAGCCAGGUGAGUGUUUGCAUCUGCACGAUAUUUUCCUCAUCCGUGCAAAUACAGCCAUUCAUUUAGUGACCGUUCAAAGUCACAGUGCCUCUGAAAAAAAUAACUUGUGUCAGGUCCUCACACUUACAACCGCCUCGGCAUUCCCCCCCCCAGUCACAUGAUCAAACUUUCCGUUUUGGGCAACUGGCUUUUUUUUUAUGAUGGUUGUAGCAUCCUGAUGUCAAGUGAUCGCCAUUUUGCAACCUUCCCUUCUGGCUUCCGGCAAGCAAAGUCAAUGGGGGAAAAGUCAAAUUCACUUAACGAUGACACAAUUCACUUAAUGACUGCAGUGAUUGGCUUAACAACCAUGGCAAAGCAGGCUGCAAAAUCAGGCAGGGCUCGUUAAACUCAGUUAACAAUGGCUUAGGGAUGGAAAUUUCAACCUCAAUCAAGUUAAGUUGAGGCCUAUCUCUCCCUCUUGCUGGCUCGUGUGCUGCAUGCAUGUCAAGAUCUGGCUGUGUAAAGAGGCACAGAGUUAACCUUGGAGAAACCACGCAUAGAUGGUUACUACAACACCCAGCCAAACAUACUCUAAGCCAAGGAAACAAGCCUUAGCUCCACCCUAACUCCCUGGGGUAUAAGAGGAACUGACGGGGAAAACACACUCAUGAGCUUUCAAAGUUCUGUUACUACAAGCAGGCAGUUCCUUUCAAAAAAUGUAGAGUUGGUUUUCCUGAUCUUUGCUCCCUCGAAGAGUUGACAGCCGCGUCACAACUGGCUUGACCGUGCCCAAAGUGGACCAUCCGAUUGACCAAGCCCACCUGGAGAAGAUGGUGAAAAGGGCAGUCCAGGAGUAUUCCUACAAGAAUUCGAUAGAACCAACAGCCUACCGGCCGUACAAGUAUUGGGUGUCCCGUGAAGAAGAAAAAUUCAACCCGGUGUUCAUCGGCAACGACAGAUACGCAACCUGGCGGACUGGGCCGUACAACAGCGCAGCCUGGAACCGAUACACCACGUACCUGCCACGGAUCCCCAGGGAAGCUGGCAUGGAUGCCAUUCUGCGCGGGAUGCCCAUGGAGUACCCGCCAAAGCCUGAGCGACUCAACAAUUACGAACGGGAAGUUGUGGUCAACAUGUUGAACAGCUUGUCUCGGAAGCAGCUUCCAUACGUCCGGCAUCACUAUCCCGUCCCGGGCCGGAUGCCCUACCAAGGCUACUACAGCCCCUGCACUGGACGCCAUUACUGCUUGCGUGGAAUGGAUUACUACGUGGACGGAGCCCCCACCAACGAGAGGCAGAUCAGCCAGCUAGUUGAGAAGAUUGUAAGGAGUUUCCCGUACUACGACCACCAGGUAGACAUGAUGCUCUGUGCACGUUUGCCAACCCUGCCGCCAUCUUUCCCGUAUAUGAACCUUAAAUGGGACACGAGUCAUUUUAAGAGGUCUGGAGGGCCGGAGAGGGACAGCUAUAUUAUUCAUCCUGAGUUUGUUUCAGAAGCUUAUCCCUCUCCGCCAUGUUGGUAUUAAGAGAGUCGAGAGAGACUGCCAUUAAAAAGUGCCACUGGUGACGAAUUAU